ACCUCCCCGAGGUUGCCUACAAAGGGCAGUGUUCCAGUGUGUUCUCUCUCCUCGAGUGUGCUUCAGCGCUCAGCACUUCCUGUUUAUUCAAACAUCUCUUUUACCACUCGGCAAACCCCCGCUUCACAGAAACAGCCAGAGCUCAUCCACAGCAAGACGGAACUGCAAAGGCAGACAGUACAGACUCACCCCGUCAAACUCUUCAUUUUCUCUGCCCUGCAGGUGGCAAGGCAGCUCCUCCUUCAACAGCAGCAGCAGCAGCAACAGCAGCAGCAGCAACAGCAGCAGCAGCAGCAGCAGCAACAGCAGCAGCAGCAGCAGCAGCAACAACAACAGCAGCAGCAGCAACAACAGCAGCAGCAGCAGCAGCAGCAACAGCAAGUUAGUGGAUUAAAGUCUCCCAAGAGGAAUGACAAGCAACCAGCAGCUCUUCAGGUUCCCGUGUCAGUGGCUAUGAUGACACCUCAGGUUAUCACUCCUCAACAAAUGCAGCAGAUCCUCCAGCAGCAAGUGCUGAGCCCCCAGCAGCUCCAGGUUCUCCUCCAGCAGCAGCAGGCCCUCAUGCUUCAACAGCAGCAGCUUCAAGAAUUUUAUAAAAAACAACAGGAACAGUUGCAGCUUCAACUUCUCCAACAGCAACAUGCUGGAAAACAGCCGAAAGAGCAGCAGCAGGUGGCUACCCAGCAGUUGGCUUUCCAGCAACAGCUCCUACAGAUGCAGCAGCUGCAGCAGCAGCACCUCCUGUCUCUCCAGCGCCAAGGCCUUCUAACAAUUCAGCCCGGGCAGCCUGCCCUUCCCCUCCAACCCCUAGCUCAAGGCAUGAUUCCAACGGAACUGCAGCAGCUCUGGAAAGAAGUGACAAGUGCCCACACCGCAGAGGAGACCACAGGCAGCAACCACAGCAGCCUAGACCUGACCAGCACAUGUGUCUCGUCCUCGGCACCUUCCAAGACCUCCCUAAUCAUGAACCCUCACGCCUCUACCAAUGGACAGCUCUCGGUCCACACUCCCAAAAGGGAAAGCUUGUCCCAUGAGGAGCACCCCCACAGCCAUCCGCUCUAUGGACAUGGUGUAUGCAAGUGGCCAGGCUGUGAAGCAGUUUGUGACGACUUCCCGGCCUUUCUAAAACAUCUCAACAGUGAGCAUGCGCUGGACGAUAGAAGCACAGCUCAAUGUAGAGUACAAAUGCAGGUUGUACAGCAGUUAGAGCUACAGCUUGCAAAAGACAAAGAGCGCCUGCAAGCCAUGAUGACCCACCUGCAUGUGAAGUCUACAGAACCCAAAGCUGCCCCUCAGCCCCUGAAUCUGGUAUCAAGUGUCACCCUCUCCAAGUCCGCCUCAGAGGCUUCUCCACAGAGCUUACCUCAUACUCCAACAACCCCAACCGCCCCCCUGACUCCCGUCACCCAAGGCCCCUCUGUCAUCACCACCACCAGCAUGCACACGGUGGGACCUAUCCGCAGGCGGUACUCAGACAAAUACAACGUGCCCAUUUCUUCAGCAGAUAUUGCGCAGAACCAAGAAUUUUAUAAGAACGCAGAAGUUAGACCACCAUUUACAUAUGCAUCUUUAAUUAGGCAGGCCAUUCUCGAAUCUCCAGAAAAGCAGCUAACACUAAACGAAAUCUAUAACUGGUUCACACGAAUGUUUGCUUACUUCCGACGCAAUGCAGCCACGUGGAAGAAUGCAGUGCGUCAUAAUCUUAGUCUCCACAAGUGUUUUGUGCGAGUAGAGAACGUUAAAGGGGCAGUAUGGACAGUGGAUGAAGUAGAGUUCCAAAAACGGAGGCCACAAAAGAUCAGUGGUAACCCUUCCCUUAUUAAAAACAUGCAGAGCAGCCACGCCUACUGCACCCCCCUCAAUGCAGCUUUACAGGCUUCCAUGGCUGAGAAUAGUAUACCUCUGUACACUACCGCUUCCAUGGGCAACCCCACUCUGGGCAGCCUGGCCAGUGCCAUCCGGGAGGAGCUGAACGGGGCCAUGGAGCAUACCAACAGCAACGAGAGUGACAGCAGUCCAGGCAGAUCCCCUAUGCAAGCUGUGCACCCCAUACAUGUAAAAGAGGAACCCCUUGACCCUGAGGAAGCUGAAGGGCCUCUGUCCUUAGUGACAACAGCCAACCACAGUCCAGAUUUUGACCAUGACAGAGAUUACGAAGACGAACCAGUAAACGAGGACAUGGAGUGAACCUCUGGGCGGGCCGACCCCUGAGACCGAAGAUUGGGAAAAAAAAGCAAAACAAAUUUAAAAAAGAAAAAAAGAAAAGAAACCACGUCAAAAGUUAGCAGUGAAGCCGCCCUCCGCUUCUUGUACAGUCUGGAGGAUUUUCGCUACAUUUUGACAACUCUGAAAUGUGUUAACUCUUAGUGCCAUCAAGAAUCCCAUUUGGGAGUAUUUUUGAUUUUUCUACUUUUUGUUGACAAAAGGGAUUUGUACUCUGUGCAUUGGAUGGACCUGUUUGGUACUUGGGAUUUUCCUCUUUGAGUCAACAUCAGUGUUGUAAAUUCGAUAAACGGAUUCACUUUUAGCAGCAGACUUUGAACUGCAGUUUUGCCCGGCCAACGCCGGACACUGAGGACACCCGACUGAGCUCACGAACCUGCGCUGCAGACCAAGCCUUCGCCCGAAUUCAAGACUCCAGUGGACGACCUAUUUGCACAGCACUGCAUGUUGAUAUCACUGCCUUUACUCACUUUGGUUUGUUUUGUUUUUGUUUUUUGCUUCCAGUUGGGAUGGGGGAAGGCCUUUGUGUGUGUGUAUUGGGGGGAGGGGUUAAAAAUAAUUAUCCCAAACUUUUUAAUGUAUUACUUUUUUUUCCUGUUUUUUUUUUCUUUUUUCCUUUAUUUUAUUUUUCUGCUUCUUUACCAUUUUAAGUUCUGACCUCAGGCCUCCAUUUGGGCCCAGGGCCUCUUGGAGGCUUCGCGUUUUCUGUACCUUGUGAUGAAUGUUAAUAGGCGUUUUUAUUAUACAAAGCUGAAUGUCAUUUCUCGUCUGUAGUUUUCGGGCACUCAUUCCAUUUUCCUAUAGACAUCACCAUGUUUCUCUCAAGUUUGAAACAAAACAAAACAAAACAAAACAUUCCGUUUUGGUCUUUUUCAAAAAAAAAAAAAAAAGAAACAAAAAAAGAAAAGAAAAAAAAAAAGAUCCCAAGGGCUGCACCUUACUCCUGAAGGUCCCCCACACGGGGACGUGACAUCCUGCCAGAAAGAGAAUGAAUGACAGAAAAGAAAAGAGAAACGCACGCGCGCGCACACACACUCUAGGGACACAGCAGAUUCAUUUCACAAAAGCAGCAUUGGGGGUGUGGGAUGGGGACUGUUGGAGAUUUUUCUUUUUUUUCUUUUUCAUGGCACCCACCAUUGUGAGUAACUGCCACCACAUUCUCUCAGCAUCAGGAAACACAGCCACGAAAGAAACAGAAGAGAGUAAACAAACCUUAAUAGUUAGACUGUCAUGAUGGCCAUGGAAGGUUUUCCCUCCCGUAAUCCAAGUGGCCAGGACCGCAGGCCCUAUGUUGUUCUUAACAGCAUAGGUUGCUUUGUUUGCAAAAUGACCAAAAAGCCAGCUUCCCUAAGCAAUGUACACUCAGCCUGGUGACAGGGUUGAGUUUGUACAUCAGUUCAGACCUGCUUGGUGGCAUUCAUCUGUUUUAAUGCAAAUGAGACUUCACAUUGAACUUGUUAUGGGAGUUAAUGAGGACUGAGCUCAGCAGACGCUAAUGUGUCAGUUUCCAGUGUGCUAAGUCGGUACUGCAGCUCAGUCUGCAGUGUGAGCAUCCCAGUAGCACAGACGUCACAGAAGAGGACACCAGGUAGAUGGAGUCUCCUGGGACCAGGGCCCACAGAAUGUGAUGGCCCUAGGUCAGUAUGCCCUCAGCCCUUCAAACCCCUCCACACUUCCGUCUGCACCCACUUCCCUGGCAUUUAUUUAUCUGGGGCUGUAGCUUUUGUUUGGGUUUAGUUUGAGAGCCGUUCGGAGCUUAAUUUAUAUACUUUGUACCUUUUUAUUUCUAAAAUUACCAAAGAUAUUACGCAAAGGUAAAUUAUUUUCUUUUAUGCUUUAUCUGAUGAAGCCAAAUAUCCUCUUAUUGUUGAUCAAAGGAGGCAAAAGGAUUCAGAGGCAAAUGAUGAGGCCCAGGCUGUUUGCCAACCUGAAGGAUAUUACUGCCCGUCAGCAGAGCUCAUUUAGCAGACUACGCAGGCAAUGGAACCAAAGUUUUUUACUUUUUUUUUUCUGGUUUUUUUUUUCCUUUCCUUCUUUUCUCUAUCUGUAGAGAGACCAAAACUAACUCCUGUAAGGAGAAAAUACGGGGCUACUGCAGAGAAAAGAAACCAAGACAACAGUAUUACAGCUCCUAUGGAAAGAAUGGGCUAUCAUCUCAAAGAAAAAGAAAUGAAUGUAUGAUGCUGAAAAUUAGUGUAUAAUCGAGGAGACACUUAGGAUGAAUUCAGAGAGAACAGAGAAGUGUCUGGCCGCACGAGGCCACUUCUAGAAUAAAGAGAUCUGUAGACCGUUCAUACGCCACUUUUGUUUAAGGGCUGUGCUCUGAUCACUGCGUUCAUUUUGGUUCAUCCUGACAUUUAUCCUCUGGUUUCCUUCUGCUUUUUGUUGUUGGUUUUGGUUUUUUUUUUUUUCCUUUUUCAAAUUAUGAUUUGGUCAGUGUUUUUCAUUUACACACAAAAAAAGGGUGACAUUCCCAUCCACUCAUAAGCUUAGAAUAGACCGUCUUUGGCAAUUACUUCUGAAGGUUUGCUCUGCUUUCCAUAGAGGGGCAGUCUGUGGUUAUUCACACCCCCUCAGUCCCCCCCCCUCUUUUCCAGGCAGCUUCAUGAUGUGCAGGCAGUAGCCAGGCAGGGUCAUGGGAAGGGGGCCCUGUGCUUCUAAACUGAGUGGUUGCUGGUUAGAUAUUCAAAAGAGGAUAAAAAUCUGGUAGAUUAGUUCAUUCUCCGCAUGUGUAGCUAGACAAGGGUAAAGAUAACAGCAUGAGAACUGUUAGUACGCAUACCUCAGUUCAAAUCUUUAGGGAAUGAGUAAAAAAAAAAAAAAUUAAAAAUAUACCUUUCACUCAGUCGCACUUAGUUGUAUGUCUUGCAUGCUUAGUCUAAAGACUGUAGCAAAGAAAAUAAAUAAAGAAAAAUUAGAUUUUAUGCAUCUUUGCAGGUGUCAUAGCCUCGCAGAAGAACCAACUGAAAAAAAAAGUUCUCAGGCUUUACAGCAAGCAAUCUUCACUCUGAUUUUUACAGUUCUGAUUCUGUCCCUUGGGGGGAUUACGGUCGCUUCUUUACAAUGGGGUUGAUUCGGUUGUACAUAUAUCCCGAUGUGUCUGUGUGGAUCUUUGUCUUUUGCGGAGGGGAGGGCCGAGGGGGAGGGGUUUUUUUGUUUUGUUUUGUUUUAAUUAUUUUAUUUUUUAGGUAUUGUUCCUAAAAAGGAAUAAAUGCUUACACCUGUUUGUCAAAACAUCUUUGCUUUUUGUGCAACUGCAUUUUAUUAAUGAUAUUUUUAAAAAAAAGAAGGAAAAGAAAAUAGUAUCUUUUGGGGAAAACUCUACUGUAUUUAGUGGAUUUGCAGUCAAUGCUGCACAUGUAUUUUGUUUCAUUGCCCUUGAUUUACAAACAUUGGAUGACACGUUGAUAUAUGGGAAGAAGGAAAAAAAACUCCACACUUCCUUCUCUCUCUCUCUCUCUCAAAUUGUAACAUAGUUGACAUAAUUUGUUUCUUAUCUUCAUUAUUUGUACAGGUUUGUGGAAUGGGGUGAGAGAGAGGUGUGUGAGUGUGUGUGUGUGUGUGUGUGUUACUCUGUUUUUGAUACAUUCCUGUUCCUUGUGUUUGUCACACCACUGCCUCCUUGACUAUCUUAAACAAAUUCCUAAGUUUGAAACGAGAAAAAAAAAAAGUUGUUUAAAAAAAAAUGUUCUCUCUUGCCACAGUCAAUAUUUUUGCAUGAUGAAAUUCCAGGCUCACACUUUAAAAGUUUUAUGAGUAAAGUAAUGAUUAAUAAUGGGAAGUGUUGAAAAUAUUGAAUUUUUUGUAUAAAUUUUUUUUUAACAAGGUCCCAAGGUGUAAAGAUAAUUUGUUACUUUUUUCUUUCUUUUCUUAGUAAAUAUAAGCAAAUGUGAGGGAGGUUGGCCUAUGUGUCAGACACACACAGUCAUGAGGACCCACCUUCCAUGUUCUUAGGAUCUAUCCACGUGAGAAGACUUAGGGCCAUCAAAGGGUGAACUGUCUAGACUUACAUGGGUGGUGACCUAGCUGCCAAUCCCCUCCCCAUACCAGAAGACGGUUGCCUUCGUAUUCCUAGCAUCUCAUCAGUCAUAAUAAAGAAAGCCUUGGUUUAAAUAAAUGAAACAAAAUAAUAGAGCCAAAAACAUAAUAUAAAUCACUAGUUCUUCUUCUUCUCCUUUUUUUUUUUUCAGUUACAAUAUUGAGUUGAAAAGUUUCUCCUCUAUUUUCCACAUUCUACCUGAGCUCUGUCUCCAAGGGCAUAAAGCAAACUCUGCUAAUUGAAUCUUGUUGGUACCUGUUGGUCAAUGCCAUACCCUCCUGACAGUCUGCAAGUGUUUUGCAACUCAGUUUUUCUUUAUUAUCCUGAGAAGCAAAUGGACCAGUUUAACAGCGUCUUGUGGGUCCAGUGUAACUCGAAGCGGUCCCUGCUACCCAGGAGCCUGGGUGGAGAUGGUGCGGUCUGGGUUGUGAGUGUGGUGCUCUCUGUAUCUGUGCUGCCACUAACAGGGAUUGUUUUGUUUUGUUUUGUUUUGAUAAGGCAUAAAAGAAUCUCAUUCCUUGACAUCAACUGUAAUUUCAUCAUUCCAUGUCUGUGGAUACAGACAAUAAAAAAAAAAUGUUGUGUA